UUUCCAGUCGGCUACUUGUAGCGAGAGCUGUUUCAUAGGAGUUGGGCACGCGGGGACUUCGUGGCGGAACAUUCGCGAGAGACAUAAAACGAAACGCGCGUCGUUCGCUCUCUCUCUCUCUCUUUUUUUUUGUUUUAUUGCACGCGAUGUUCGCCGCGUCGGCACCGCGGAAGAAGACAAUAGUUCGCGUAGUACGAGUAAUUUACGGGGGAAGAGGUCAUUUUGCAGUUGGCAGUUUCCCGUGGUAUGGCGCCGGAGGUGUCUCGGGACGGUCGGAACAUUUUCAUUCUGCUUCGUAUCGAGCAAAAGUCAAUGUACACAGGGUGUCUGAACUCGGGAGGUAACGUUCACAUGCAGGUGUUAUACGCUAAUAGAAAAUUGUAGUUCGUUUUAUGGGUAGCUUCGGUAUCGAACAUACCUUUUAACCACAGAAAUAGUCGGGAAAAGCAUUUUUCUGGUAAGCGUUACUGCAGUGUCAGUGAUAAUAACGUUACACGCAUGUUGCUGCUGCUGUAAAAUUAUGGUUGGGCGAGACUAACUGUAAUUUUCUAUCAUUGUGUUAUCUUGCAAACAGCCAUGAUAGUUUUUGAGAUAUUAAUUAGAGGAAAUUGACGAAUCACCGCGCGCGAUGCAACGGAACGAGCAGUCCGCAAGUCAGUCUGAAGAGGCAACAUGUUUUGAACUUGUUACUGACAUCCAGCAAUGAUGAAAAUAGUCGUGCGGUCCAAGAUCACGCGUGUAACAUAGGACCACGCUGCUCGCCGUCCUCUCAUAUCUACCAUUGCUAGGAGACAGUCAACAUGCCCGAGCAUAUCUCUUCAGACUGCCCGUGAAACUCGUAUCACCGUAUCGUACACACUGAGAGAAAAAAUAUCGGAAAAAGGAAAAAUAUUUGGUCGGGAGGCUGUGAUGAGGGAAGUCGGCUAAAAAGGAGCCCCGCGUCGCGCAAGCGUCGGUAGGAGUAUAGGAAAGAUGCCGCUUUCCUCGAGAGUCUUAUUAAGCCCGCUGCUGCUUCUAAUCAUCGCAGGAAGCACCGGCGCCUUCAACUCACGGCAGGGAGAAUGCUCGUUCCCAGCGAGGUGGGAAGGCACGUGGUUCCAAAGUGGCGUGAGGCAGUCGAUAGUGAUAUCCAAGAACGAGUUAUCCAGCAAGGGCAGGUGCUUGCACAACGAAGGCGACAAGUUUCUUUUAGUAGAUCAGAAGUCAUGCUACCGCUGCGUCGUCAUUCACGAGAAGCACUCCAACGUNAAAGAGACUUUUUGCCACAAUAGAAACAGCCUGGCGUCUCUCUGCUCGUAUAUUACGGGGGAUGCGUUGCUGUACUCUAUGUUCCGCGAGGAGGCACCGCCCGUGGCGUGCCCUUUUCGCGGACCCAUGACCUUCUCGUACAAUCGAGGCCACGGUACGUGCUCGAACCCGCCGAGCAACAUCGACACCUGCACAGACGAUAGCAGGCUCCUCUUCAAGUAUCAGGCCUGUCCGGACGUAUCCGCCUCGGAGAGCGCAGUGGAGGAGCUGGAAUGUCUGGCCACCUGGAAGGAGGGCAGCAGCCGUUACUUGGUCGGCCGUCUGCAUCACGGCCACGCGUCCAGCAACGAAGAUCGAUACCGAUGCUUCGUCUACGAGAAGGCCGGCCAGACGGUGCAGAGUAACCUGAACAGAGCGGCGAUAGGCAUGGGCGCUAUGGAUCACGAGGUCGCCCUGCCGGGCGGACCGGUGCCCGAGGGCUCCGCCGAGAUAUACCGGGUGGCACAGAGCGGCGACGCGACGUGCAACGGCCUGUUCAGCCCGAUGGAGGGCUCGCGCACGAUGACACUGAAGAAGGUCUCCUCACCGGGCGAAUGCCGAUUCCCGAACUGGCUGACCGGACACUCCAGUGGCGGGCUGACCUGGCACACUCUGGACCUGGCCAGGUCCUACACGUUUCAUCCGCGCAACGCCUCCCUGCACGUCACGAGGUCGAACACGACUUCGUCGAGGUUCGAGAGCGGCUCCACGGACUUGCAAUACGUACCCGGGCAAGAGGAUCAGGACGUGAAGAUCUUGUGCAACAGCAUAAAGCAGUCGAACGGCGCGCAGACCAUGACGAUGACAAUGCUGGUGGCGCACUUCACCGUCGGCUGUCGGAGCGGUUUUAUGUGCAUGACAUUCUACCGAAGAGACGGCCACGUGAUCGAGGUGCAAACGGGAAUUGCGGUAUCUAGACCGGAAGAAGCAUGCAGCCCGCCCUAUUUUCAGCAGCACAGUAUACCCUUCCUCACCCUAGUCACGAGUUCCCCGGAGCCACGUAACUGCCCGUAUCUCGGCAAAUUCACGGUGACGGAGGUGAAUCGGAAUCAACGGAACACGCGCGAGAGCCGCAGGGGCCACCAAGAGUCGCUGGCGGCGCGCCGGGACGGCGAGAAGGUGCGUCACGCUCAGGAGCGGAACGAGGACCGGCGGGCUCGGAAGCUCGACUACGAGGUGGAGAAACGACGGGCCAACAACGAGUACCUGGUCCACGAGAGAAUGGGUCGGCGAGCGCGCUCGAAUCACGGCGGUAACCACGGCCGCAAGGACUACAACGUUCCACCGACGGAGGAGGCGUCGUCGUGGCGGUCCUCGGAGCUGGAGGACCUGCUGAGAGAGCGGAUUUUACGCCUGAAGGUCAGGAGGUCUGGCAGCGAGCUGGAGCAACGCGCGGAGAGCUCGCGGGCCAAGGCGAGGAGGUUGCGUCGCGACGUCGGACGCCUCGAGAAACGCGACACGAGGUACGCGAAGGGUCUCGGCGAAGCCGGGGAGAUCAAAGGGGACGUGUCGGCGAGUAAGGAGAGGACGAGAGCGUCGGAGGAGGAGGAGGCGGCGCGGCGAGGAACGUCGACGCCGAAAGACGCCGAGGUGGAUUACAGAGAGAACAGAUCGAGGAGAUAUCCGAAAGUCGAGGACUUUCAACCGGACGACGUCGGCACGGUCGAUCUGGACGACUCGUGGACCAGCAGCACGCUGCAGGUGCAGGACGAUUAUUUCGGGGAUUAUCUGCAGCCGGGAGAAAGCCUGCCGCGCAAGAGAUCGCCGGAGAGUCCGGCCGACAAAGGUAUGACCUAUAAGGAUCUCGUGAGGAUGAAGAGGGAGCUCGAGGAGCAUGAAAAGGACGACGACACCAUGGAAAGGCGGGAGAAGAGGGACGAAGAUGACUCGAGGUGCAGCUCCGAGGUGACGACCUUAACCGUGGGCUGCUCCACGGCAGACAGGAUGGAGUUUCAAAGUGACUGCGUCGACGACGACGCGGCUAUCACCGCCUACUCCUGCCACGGUAGAUGGUUCGACGCCGAGGGCACGCAGUUCGUGAUCGCCACCCCGUUGGCGCGCAGAACGGCCUGGUCGAGCGAGAACAACAGGCCGCAACCCUACAGGAACAGCCGUAGACUGUGCUUCAUGUACAAAGAGAGCGGCGGAGUUGUCAGUUUGACUGCCAGCCCCGUGGCUUGUCAGAGGGGCAUCCCGCCGCCCCCGCCGCUGUUGGCCUUCAACGCUACCAGCACCGGUCAAUGCAUGGAAGCGAACAGUGGGCGGAUCGGCCGACCGACGUACCUGACGAUCGUCCUGCUGACGGCGGUCGCCGCGAUAUUCAGGUGAUUCUAAUCGAAAGCGCGACCUACUCAAAAUCAGCUAAGGAUGUGACUCAAUAGCGGUGUCGGACACUCAGUGGUCGUGACCGGGAGAUACUGGUGAUGGGGAGUUUAGCCGUGGCGCGACGCGAGCGAUCGACCGACCGGUCGACCGGUGCGCCCGGGCUUAACGGGGGUAGCUGAAGAGGGUGAAGAGAGUGUGAUUUUCGGCCGCGAAUGAGGAUGAGAUGUAGGGGAAGAGAGGAGAAGCCGUCGACGGGUUCGGAUGCACUCGUGAUCGUGGCUUCUGUUAGUUUCUCCGAGCUGUCGGGAGAAACUCGCGUUCGUACGAUCGUCGGUUUCGUGAGCGAGCGAGGAGGCAACCACCAAGCCAGCUAUCCCGUCGUCGUCGCCGCGGAGAAUCGGACGGAGAAGAAUGUGAAGAGGAACAACGGAAAUCAGUGAUCGUUGAAUUCUCGAGAUCGACGGCUUCUUCGAUCUCGAAGAGGCGAAUCGGGACGGUUGCGAACGGACGAUCGGCGACGGCAGUGUGCGCGAGCCGACGCGAUGAGAGAAUACCGAGCGUGAGUUUUCCCCGGCCGGUAGCUUUUUUUACCGGACGUAGGCGCGUUAGGCACUAGCUAAUUGAAGUCGGCGCGAGACUAACGAUGAGUUAUUAAGCGAUUUUUAUGGGUUAGACCAUAUCACGAUAAUCGGUAUCGCGACGAUCGACGCGAGCCUCUCGAUCAAGGACGGAGGACGCGAUUCGCCGUAGGAUCUCGUCCGUCGGAGUCCUCUCUCGUUCUAGCCAGUAGGAAGCGCGAUCGUUACUUUUUAAGACGGACGAAGGAAGGUGGGAGAAGAAAGGAAGGAAGAGGAAAGAGAGAAAUACUAUUCGAAGAGACUAUAUCCCCUCGAUAAGUGCAAAAAAGCGGGAGCAUUCGCUCGGUAAAUAUUUUCAUCGCCGGGCGAACGCUCAUUUCUUUGCUCAUUCUCGGGCACGUACCCUCUCAAUAAAUACCGAGUAAUCGACGACACGUAAUAAUUAUAUCGAUAAUUACAUGUAAUUACGCGCGGCGCGAGCGCCGCGCCCGUUCUUCGACGGAUCGAGCGAGAGGCGUCUCUCCUCGUCUCGUCCUGACGAAGCGACGCCGAUAAAGGGAAGUGUGAUCGCCGGUGAGCCGCUCGCAGGAGCAGGCGGCCGAGCGAUGUAUCGCGCACAAGUGAAACUAAUUGAGCCGAGAUGAGGUCUUAGGCGGUAUAUAAUAUAAUAGGAUAAAUACGUUGUUUUACUUUCCUUUUGGGCUAGCCGAGGAUCGAGGGAAGAUCGAGGGAUCUCGUUAGAUGCGGCGAGGAGCACGCAGGAGGAAUAAUAGUAACCGAACGCACCGAAAGCGAGAGAAGCGUGUCUACGCGCCGGACAGCAGUAAAAUCAUUUCGAUCGUUAUUAUCACCGUGGCCACAGGAGCGAGUUCGUAGGGUCAUCCCAGUGAGAGUUACUUCGAGGUGCCGCAAACGACUCUUCUUUUCCUGCCCCGAUCUCUCGCGGAGAUUUUCGCCUGGCUCACACCUGGCUCCAGUUCUCCGGCUGUCACCGGUGCCGCCUCCUCGGGACUCACGGCUCACCGCGUUUUUCUUUAUUCAUGCGUCAAGAGUCCGCUGAGAAAUCGCACGCCGCGUCCCUCCGCGCGCGGAAGACGGAGACGAGCGAUCGUCUCGAUGUGUCAGAUUUUCGCCUCUUUCCGAACGUGGCCAGCCGGGUUCUAAGUUCCAAUUGUUCAAGACGCAAGUCUCGAAGGAUCGCGAGUGCAACGUCACCGUGACGGGAAAAUCGGCGAAAUGCGCGGGGUCUUCGUUUCGCAAGAGCGACCGGUCGGUUGAAUCGCGACGGGGAUGUGCACGGACGACGUUUCUCCGGCGACCCUCUUCGGCGCGAACGUUAACGUAAGCAAUAAGCAAUAAAGAUGACACGACACUGUACACACACACACACACACACACAUAUAUACACACACGUGUACGCGGCAGUGGCACGCUCGAGAGAACGGUGAUAACGAGAAGGAGGAUGUUGCGCUUAUACGGAGGUAUCGAGCGUGGAAACGUUAAUCCGAAGGAACUCCAUUAAUCAGUUCCGAUUCUCGCGAUUAGUGACGAAGAGGAAGGCCGAACGCGACGUAUAGGAGACGCUAUGAUAUUAUUGUAACUAAUACAGAGUCUAUAUAUUAUAUUAUUGUACAACCAUCUUUGUAAUAAUUAAGCCGUAAUCGAGUGACGAGAGAAGUGUAGAGGGAGAAGGGGGGGGGGAGGGAGACAAACCAAAGAAAAAAGUUAGAGAUGACAGUGAGAGAGGAAGGAGAGUAAGUGUGUGUGAGAGGAUGCGUGUGCAUGUAGUACGAAAACUGAAGAGAACUGCGAGAAUGAUAGAGCGAGCGAGCGUGUGAGAGAGAGAGAGAGAGAGAGGAGGGAAGAGAAAAAGAGAGGGGGCAAGAGAAAGAGCGAACCAUAGAAGAGCCAAUCGCUAUUUUAGCACUUUUUCAAUCGCGUUGUACGUAGUUUCUACGCCAUUACGAUUUCCGUCGGAUUUCAUUUGAUCAGCCAACGACAUCGGCACCGAGAUCGAUCCUUGAGGAAGAAGCGAAGCUCGACGGACGCGAGGAGGAAGUUUCACCGGCCGAGUAGUUCGUCAUUCGUGUUCAACGCUUAAUUGUUUCCACCUCGAUUGUAAUACAAUGAUAUUCUUCCAGGAACCUCGUCGGACCUCAACGCGUUAUUCGCGCGCUAUCACCUCCCCUCCGACCGAUCGUCAAUUUUCAGGACCGUUAUCCGUCGCGCAUUAUCCGUUUGCACGCUUUGGCGCUCGCUCAAGGAUCUCACUCGGAUGGCUCGUCGGGCUCGUCGGGCAAAACAACGUCUCCGUUUUCAGGGUUCUCAGAAGAGAAGGAUCGAUCGACUUUCCGUUGUCCUCCUUUGUAACGGGUGUGCACGCCCGUGGUACCGCGGAAGGCAUCGGCCCCCGUCAGUAACGCACAGCAACCGUGAUUAGCGCGCGCCGCGAUUAGUGGGCGCGUACUAAUUUUUUCACCACGAGACAGGUAGGACUACUUAGGCUACUUAGGACACUUAGCGGUUAGCAUACUUAGGAAGCUAUACUGUACCUACGCAGCGCAGCGUAUAUUAGCGUAUUACCGAUGAAGUAGAUAAGAUCGAGUCUAGUCGUUAAGACUUCUCUAGCUUCUUAGGGAUAAUAAGCUCAUUGUGACAGCAAUCAGACGACGGUGCCCCGCGGUCGAAUCACACGACAUACGGCACGAAUCGCCCCGGCGGUCGUUCAAUCUCGCGUCCGGCGACGCGUCCCACGAUAACUGCCGAGAUCUCGGCGGAGCGACGGAGCGUGCGACCGUCGGGGAAACGGGAGCGAAUUUUCUGUGGAUCCAACGGCGCAACGGCGGUUCACCUCGCUCUUCCGGGAAUUUGACGGGAAUCAGGCGAGAUUUAAUGUCCCACCAAUUCACUCGCGAGCGCUCGGCGGGAGGGGCGAGCCGCGGACUGUCGCACCCCGUCGGGUCGCACGAUUUGUGGCGCGGCGGGAAAUCGCGUGCGAAAAAUCGCGGCGUGCUCCGAGCAUCGUUCAAAGUGACAAACGAGCGAGGCGUACUAAUUGAAAAGUUUAGAAUCUAAUGGAAUUGUUGUGCGCGGACGGAGUGCGUUGAAUUAGAUUUAUGCACCGAGCGUGAUGUCCGCGACUGCGUAGUCAAUCGGGUGCAGAAUGCAUUUCGAUUGCUUCGUUGCCGACGGCAUGUCGUGCUCGACUGAAGAAUAAACGUUUAUUUCGCUUCA